GCCCGCCCGCCCGGCGGGCGCUCGGUCGGCCCCUCGCUCACUCAGUCGAGCGGUGCGGCCAGGAUGGUGCAGCUGCGGCAGCUGGUGGCGAGCGGCUACUUGUGGCUGGGGCUGGGCUGGUGGGCGGCGGGGCUGGCGCUGCCCGAGGUGCUGUUCCGCUGCCCGCCGUGCACCCCCGAGCGCCUGGCCGCCUGCGCCCCGCUGCCGCCCGCCUCGCCGGGACUGGGCUCGGUCGCCUGCCCCGAGCAGGUACGCGAACCUGGCUGCGGCUGCUGCCCGGUCUGCGCCCGGCUCGAGGCAGAGCCCUGCGGGGUCUACACGCCCCGCUGCGCUAUCGGGCUCCGCUGCUACCCACGUCCCGGCGCCGAGCUGCCGCUCCAAGCGCUGGUGCAGGGGCAGGGGACCUGCGGCCGGCGGAGGGACGCCCCCGAGUACAGCGUCGCAAGCGCGGAGCCCUUAGGCACCGAUGAUGAACGUACUGAAGUAGCCCUGGCAGAGAACCAUGUGGAUAAUGCUGCCGGCGUGGUAACCGGAAGUGGAGGGCGAAAAGUGAAAAAUGACAAGGAGUUGGCCGUAGCACGUGAGCGUGUGAAUGAGCAGCAAAAACAGAUGGGCAAACCUCCCAAGCAACACCCUGAGCUACGGCCACCCUCUCUCAGGACUCCCUGCCAGCAGGAAUUGGAUCAGGUCUUGGAACGUAUCUCAACCAUGCGACUGCCAGAUGAACGUGGUCCAUUGGAGCACCUCUAUUCGCUGAAUAUCCCAAACUGUGACAAGCAAGGCCUUUACAAUCUCAAACAGUGUAAGAUGUCAGUGAAUGGCCAGCGAGGAGAAUGCUGGUGUGUUAACCCCAACACUGGGAAAAAAAUUCAGGGGGCCCCUACAAUCCGAGGAGAUCCUGAAUGCCACCUCUUCUACACUGGGCAUGAGCAAGAGGACCGAGGAGCACACGUGAACUAGAAGGACAUGUUGCCACUCACUGGCAGGCAGCUUGGCCUAGCCCUAGUGCUGGAUUUUACAUGGGUUUUCAAUGCAUUUGUUCUGGGUUUUUCAUAAUUCCAAGAGAUCUUAGCUUUUCGUUGACUUCAUGUGCCUCUUGGUUGCUUGCACACCUGGCUGGCUAGGGAGGGACUGGCUUCUCGCCUUUGCUGCCAAAGAGCUGAGAAUAGCAUCUUUUCUGUUCACGAGCAGACUUGCCACUAGCAAGCUGUGCAAAAAAAACUUAAUGGGCAUGGGGGCAGAUGUGCCCUCUUGGCUGUACAACCCUUUAUUCAUUACCAUCACCCACCCCCCUAAAUAACCAAGGGUGAUCAUGCUCCUGUCAGGCCGAAUGAGAGAAUCUGUGUCUCAACCACCUCCCAGUUCAGACAUACACCAAAGAUUGUAAAUACAGUUCACUGCCUGCUGCAUGGAGCCCUGGCGAUUUGUCCCCAUUAGCCCCUUUGUCAUAAUAGUGCGUUGUAACAUACAUGAAAGGUGAAGAGACUUCCCUGUCAAUCAGACAGCCCUUACACUGGAAUGCUGCUUUCCUUCUUGGGAGGUGUGGGCUGGAAGGCAGCUGUACCAGGCCACCAUAUUUUCCCAUCAGACAUUGCACUUAACAUGAAUUACAGUCUCAUCGUCCAUCUGAACUAAUCAUUAAGAUCUGUGGGGCAACAUCCGGCUUCCUCCCAUGCCUUUCAUUGCCUUUAUAGCUUCAAUCUUGAGAAGUACCGAAACUUUAAUACCAGCGGGUAUCCUUUCUUGGAUUGGUCACAAGAAGAGUCGAAGUAAAAAAAGGAUUGAGGGGGGAAUUCUAUUUCGUCCUCCCCCCCCCCCCAAAGCAAAAACCCAUAUAAAACCUAGACUUCUAAGCUGUUGCCACUGUCUCUUCCUUUUGUUAAAUAAUACUUUGGAGCUGAGAGGGAUGUGGUGUUGAAUAUUCAGCUCCCCAGACUGGAUUAAUGUUGCUCUGCCAUGGUUUCACACUCUCAAUUUGCUUCUGCUAAUGGAACAUGCAAAUGCUGGUAAGUACUUGGCAGCUGCAUGGGGAGUGAGGAUUUCUUGUAUUAUAUAUACCAGUUUGUAUUUACAGGGCAAUCGAUAGGUUCAUAUGCAGUGUAAUUGUUUUGGAGGCUGGAUAUUUUUGUUUUGUUUAAACAAUGCAAUAUAUUUGAGAAGAAAAGCAGAUAAGUAUACAUUUCUUCCUUUUUUGUAAGAGUCAUGAGUAACUAUUAGCUGCAGGGACUUGAGUGGAUUUUUAAAACAUUAGUUGAAGUGGUAUAGUCUUGCUCAGGAGAAAGGCUCGUGUUGUACAAGAUCCAUGAGCAGUGGGGGUACUCCCCAAGCACGACUUUCCUGCUUCUUCCUUUACAGCAGUCCCCUGAAAUUUUGUUAAUGGGCUUCAUUGGCCCUCUUGAGUAUCAUAGGGAUUGGCGGUGGGAGGGAGGAAUCAGAAAUCCCCCCCUUUUUUUUUUCAUUGGGAGCAGAUGGCAGGAUACAAGCCAUUAACUUUAUACCUCAUUUUCACAGGCUGGUGUUGAUCUGAAACAGCCCCCUGUGAAAAUUGUCAAUUACUAUCUCUGAGAGAGCACUGUUAAAAACAGCAUGUCAACUUACUGUUAGUGAGUUACCACUUAAGAUACGAAUAUUUGUGACCCCUGCCUUAAGAGAAUUGGCCUAUAGGAGGUAACCUUUGUCUUGGUUUGCAUGGCAGGGAGUAGCUGGAAAAAGAGGAAUGAGAUUUAAACAUUAUGGCAAAAUAUCCAGCCAGCAACUGAGGGGCCAGUUCACAUUACAAAGGCCUAAGGUAUUGUUAAGAGGACUUCAGAGUCCAUGUUCACUGAGCUCUAUGCUUCCUAGGUGUGUGCGAGCCUGACUGGGACUCCAGUGUGCAUGGGGAAGGAUUUGUUCUCUACCCACAUUGUGAGGUAAAGUUGACACGGCAAAAAAAGGGGGAAUACACACUGAUUUCUCCAACAGGCUCACUAGGGCUGCUUCUGAUCAAGAAAGUGGCAUAAGGGGGGAGGCUGAGGUCCCAUCACUAUGAGUGUUGUGGCCCUAAUCUGAAACAGGCCCACAUCUGCCUGGGAAACAUAGACCUUGCAGCACAGAGUCACAAGGACUCUGGAAACAUGCGAAUUGGCUUUGAAAGUCUCCUGGCAUUAACUACUUAGUUAUGCCAUGAUAGGAAAACCAGAGUUUGGUAAAGCAGCUGGAUUAGCUCUGCGAGACUGAUCAGUGGUGGAAACGCUGGAAAAGCUGUACACUGUCUGCAGAGCUGGAGUGGUUCAGUAAAAAGUGAAACAGGAGAACCACUUGCAAUAGAAGAUGGCUUUAAUGAAGGUCAACUCACGUCCACCUGGUGAUGCAAAACCCUAUGAUACUUCUUGAUAUAGGCCGAGCAUGAAAAUCUUUUUUCGUGCUUGAUGAACACACCCCUUGCUCAUGAACAAGAACCAGCAUUAAUACUUUGGAAUUCUGCACUCACCCCUGAGAAAAAACAUUUCUGUCUAAUUUCCCUUAAUACUCCUAUCUAUUUAGGACCCAAUGAGAACCGUAGUAUUUGUGCCUUGGUGGGGAAUGUCACAAGCCUCUGAAUUGCAUAGUGAUGGACAUAAAGAACUCUUAUAAGUGCCAAGAGCAUCCAUCAGUAUUGCUGGGAUGUCCCACCUCCGUGAGAAACACUCAGAUUUCACAUUGUGAAGCCUAGUAAAAGAAGACAAAUUGGUGCUGUUUAUGAAUUGGACUGCUUUUCCAUGUAAACCUUGCAAGCAUCAGCUCUCAGCUGCAAUUUGUAUCUGUUUAGAAAUCACAGUUCUUUUCCUUUUUUUUUGAUUGCCAAACUAUGAGAAAGUUGGAAUAAAUUAAAUGGGACACCAAA